UACUAUAAGCAGCUGCAGCCUGACGGAGCUGAAGGGAAAAACUCAGGAGGAUGAAAAUGCUUCACUUCAUCACAGCUGCUUCCUUGCUGUGUGUCGCUGCGGCCCCCCCUCCACUCCUGUUAGUUUUUGUCAAUGAGUUGAUGACCUGGCCGGACGCUCAGAGUUUCUGCAGACAGAACUUCUUGGACCUGGUGACGGUCAGCAGCAUGGAGGACAUGAUGCUCCUGACCGACAUGGUGGAUCUGGACGCCAUGGUCUACAACAGCUCAGAUUUCAAAUAUCGAGCCUGGAUCGGUUUGUCUGAGGACCUGAACAGCUGGAGGUGGUCCAUUACUGACCCGAACUUCUACAGAGACGGAGAAGCUGCGUUCAGGAACUGGAACGUUGGGGAACCAAACAACUUCCUGGGGGCAGAAAGCUGCGGCGUCAUGACGCAUUUUGGAGGCUUUGCUGAUGUAGAGUGUGUAAAACUCAACAAACCAAUCUGCUGUGACGUACAAGGACACGAUGCUUCGUUUGUCUUUAUCGACCAACCGAUGAGCUGGCCUGCAGCCCAGAGCUUCUGCAGACAGCAUCACACUGACCUGGCCAGCGUGAGGAGCUCAUCGGAGAGCGAGCAGAUGAAGGGCCUAGUCCAAUCCUCUGGAGAGAAAGCAGCCUGGAUUGGUCUGUACAGAAACACCUGGUUGUGGGCGGAUGGCAGUAACGUCACGUUCAGCCACUGGAGGCCGCCAGGACCUAACGGAAGCGUGGAGAGCUGUGUGGCGUCAGCGCUGAGUGACGGCGGCGUGUGGGAGGACCUGCUCUGCUCCAGACUCCUCCCCUUCUUCUGCUGCGAUGUUCCAGGUUCAAAGCAGGUGGUGAAGGUGAAGCUGGUGAAGUCUUCCUCUCUGGAUCUGGGUGACCCGGCGGUGCUGGCAGACCUGCUGCAGCAGUUUGAACAGAAGCUGAAGAAGGACAGCAGAGUGGAAGGAGACGUAAAGCUGAGAUGGAUCAACCAAUCAGACGGGAGGAUUUUCCACCAGGACGAGUGACAGGAAGACAUGUCUGCUGAAAAUAUUGUUUGUUCGUUAUUAACAUGGUUUGGUUCUAAUAUCCUCUUAAAGUAGACAAAUAGUACAUUUAUUUGUAAUUUAAAAUAUGAAGUUUAAUGUUUUUAUGUAGAAACUAAAACGUGUGUGUACCUGAAUUGUACCUGAAGCUUCAAUAAAACA